AUGUCAUUAUCAAACAAAUUGUCAGUUAAGGACGUCGAUGUUACCGGUAAAAGGGUAUUUAUCAGAGUCGACUUUAAUGUCCCAUUGGAUGGUAAAACCAUCACCAACAACCAAAGAAUUGUUGCUGCAUUGCCAACCAUCAAAUAUGUUGAAGAACAAAAGCCAAAGGCUGUGAUUUUGGCUUCACACUUGGGCAGACCAAAUGGUGAAAAAAAUGAAAAGUACUCGCUUCAGCCAGUUGCCACUGAGUUGGAGAAAUUGUUGAACAAAAAGGUUACUUUCCUCAAUGACUGUGUUGGACCAGAAGUUGAAAAAGCUGUCAAUUCAGCCAAGGAUGGCGAAAUCUUCCUUUUGGAGAAUUUGCGUUUCCACGCUGAAGAAGAAGGUUCACACAAGGACAAGGAUGGUAAAAAAGUUAAGGCUGACCCAGAAGCUGUCCAAAAAUUCAGAGACCAAUUGACCUCAUUGGCUGAUGUUUACAUCAAUGAUGCUUUUGGUACCGCACACAGAGCCCACUCCUCAAUGGUUGGUCUUGAUGUCCCACAAAAGGCUGCUGGUUUCUUGAUGUCCAAGGAAUUGGAAUAUUUCGCCAAGGCUUUGGAGAACCCAAAGAGACCAUUUUUGGCUAUCUUGGGUGGUGCCAAGGUUUCAGACAAGAUCAAGUUGAUUGACAAUUUGUUGGACAAGGUCAACUUGUUGAUCAUUGGUGGUGGUAUGGCCUUUACCUUUAAGAAGGUUUUGGACAAUAUGCCAAUUGGUGACUCUCUCUUUGACGAGGAUGGAGCCAAGAAUGUUGAAGCUUUGGUUGCUAAGGCUAAGAAGAACAAUGUUGAAAUCAUCUUGCCUGUUGAUUUCGUCACUGCUGAUAAGUUUGACAAGGAUGCCAAGGUUGGUUCAGCUGACGACAAGGAGGGUAUUCCAGAAAACUGGAUGGGUCUUGACUGUGGUCCAAAAUCUGAAAAAUUGUUUAGCGAAACAGUUGCCAAGGCAAAGACCAUCGUUUGGAAUGGUCCACCAGGUGUCUUUGAGUUUGACAAUUUUGCAAAAGGUACCAAGAACUUGUUAGACGCAUGUGUCAAAUCAGCCGAAGAAGGUAACAUUGUUAUCAUUGGUGGUGGUGAUACUGCCACUGUUGCAAAGAAGUACGGUGUUGUUGACAAAUUGUCACACGUCUCCACUGGUGGUGGUGCUUCUUUGGAAUUGUUGGAAGGUAAAGAAUUGCCAGGUGUCACUGCUCUUUCCAACAAGAAUUAA